CCAGGCGAGGCAGGAACUUCAUUCUCCUUCUCGGUGUCAGGAUCUCAGAAAGUAUGCCCCUUCUCUCACCAUGAGCUGGCUGUCCAGUUCCCAGGGAGUUGUGCUAACUGCCUACCACCCCAGCGGCAAGGACCAGGCCGUAGGGGGGAGCCAGGCACAAGGGGGUGAGGAAGCCACCUCGAGUCGCAGAUGUGGCCAUUACACUAUGAACCAGGAAAGCACAACCAAAGUCAUGGAGAAGCCUCCGUUUGAUCGAUCGAAUUCCCAGGAUUCUCUGGAUGAGUUAUCUCUGGACCCCUACUGGACAGAACUAGAAAAUAUCAAGAAAUCCAGUGAAAAUCGACAAAAUAGUCAAGAGAUGGUUGUGGUCAAAGAGCCUGAUGAAGGAGAAUUGGAAGAAGAGUGGCUUAAAAAGGCCGGUUUGUCCAAUCUCGUUGGAGACUCUGCUGGAGAUUCCCAGGAGAGCAUGGUGUUAUUAUCAACCUUGACCCGGACCCAGGCAGCAGCUGUUCAGAAACGGGUAGAAACCGUCUCCCAGACCUUGAGAAAAAAAAACAAACAGUACCAGAUUCCUGACGUCAGAGACAUAUUUGCUCAGCAGAGAGAGUCCAUAGAAAAAGCUCCAGAUGGCACUGAAUCGCAGUCAGUCGGAACAAAUGAAAACAAAUACCAAGGAAAAGAUGACCAGGCAUCUAGUCUAAUUGUUGGUGAAAAGGAGCUGAUCCUACCCAUGCCUGGGGAGGCACCUAUCUCCGAAACAGACAUCAACUUGGAAGUGUCAUUUGCUGAGCAAGCUGUCAAUCAGAAAGAGAAUGUCAAGGAUAAGACCCAAAAGAGCAAAGGCGAUGAUACCCCGUUAACUAAUUUCAGAUUGCCAGAAGACAAAACAGGAACUACAAGGAUUGGUGACCUGGCACCCCAGGACAUGAAGAAGGUCUGCCAUUUAGCCUUAAUUGAGUUGACAGCUCUCUAUGAUGCUUUGGGUAUUGAACUGAAACAACAAAAAGCUGUGAAAAUCAAAACAAAAGAUGCUGGUCUUUUUGGUGUUCCAUUGACAGUAUUGUUAGAACAAGAUCAGAGGAAAGUACCAGGGACUCGAAUACCCUUGAUCAUUCAAAAACUCAUUUCUCGAAUUGAAGAGGGAGGUUUAGAUACUGAAGGCCUCUUACGAAUACCUGGAGCUGCCAUUAGAAUCAAGAAUCUUUGCCAAGAACUAGAAGCAAAGUUUUAUGAAGGGACUUUUAAUUGGGAAAGCGUCAAGCAGCAUGACGCAGCCAGCCUCCUGAAGCUCUUCAUCCGGGAGCUACCUCAGCCAGUGCUCAGUGUGGAGUAUCUCAAAGCCUUUCAGGAUGUCCAGAAUCUUCCAACCAAGAAGCAACAACUACAGGCUUUGAACCUUCUUGUCAUCAUUCUGCCUGAUGUCAACAGAGACACACUGAAGGCCCUGCUUGAAUUUCUCCAAAGAGUCAUAGAUAAUAAAGAGAAAAAUAAAAUGACACUAAUGAAUGUAGCAAUGGUCAUGGCCCCGAAUCUCUUUAUGUGUCAUGUGUUGGGUGUGAAGUCCAGUGAACAGCAAGAAUUUGUAAUGGCAGCUGGGACAGCAAAUAUCAUGUACUUAUUGAUUAAGCAUCAAAAAUUUCUGUGGACAAUUCCCAAAUUUAUUAUAAACCAAGUGAGGAAGCAAAACACUGAACAUCAUAAGAAGGACAGAAAAGCAAUGAGGAAAUUGCUGAAGAAAAUGGCUUAUGACCGAGAAAAAUAUGAAAAGCAAGAUAAGAGUACGAAUGAUGCUGACGUUCCUCAGGGAGUGAUUCGAGUGCAAGCUCCCCAUCUUUCGAAAGUUUCCAUGGCAAUACAGCUAACUGAAGAACUAAAAGCCAGUGAUGUACUUGCCAGGUUUCUCAGCCAAGAAAGUGGGGUUGCCCAGAAUCUCAAAAAGGGGGAAGUUUUUUUGUAUGAGGUCGGAGGAAAUAUUGGGGAGCGCUGCCUUGAUGAUAACACUUACAUGAAGGACUUAUAUCAGCUCAACCCAAAUGCAGAGUGGGUUAUAAAGUCAAAAGCACUCUAGAAGACUUAACAAGCUGCAGAUAACCAUGAGGACUUCAAUAAUAAUUCUUGCUCGAUGAAGAGUGUAAAUAGAGAAUGGCAGGACUCUUACCACUCAACUGUACCCAACUAUUAAAGUGACACUCCCAGCCUUAAAAAACUAUAGAUUCGUGCUGCUGCCAGAACUUAAGUUAAUUAUUAUUAUUAGAAAAUAGUUCUGGAGUGAGAAGAAGGGCUAAAUUUGUUUGUUGCGUAUUUUUAUAAACUCUAUGAAAUGUGUCCUAUAUGACAUAGUCUUAUAAAUAUAUGUGUGUGUAUAUGAAAAUAAUAUUCUCUUCCCACUUUUUUCUCUUAAAAUUGUAUGUACUGUAAUAUAUGCUUUCUUACCUCCUCAUAGCUAUCUUUUUCCCAAAUAGGUUGUUUUUUAACCCAAAGGUAACAAAAACCAGGUAUGGCCAGUUUUGAAGAUGGCACAUAUUAAAACAGACCUAAUUUAACAGUAUUCCUGUCACUGUAGAGUAUUAGUAUUCAUCUCUUUGGAUUGUUUGUUCAAACAGUAACAUUCUACUUCUUCCUGGUGUAUCACAUGAAGUGAUUUGCAUUUUUUUCCGUUUAUCUGACAUAUGUGCACAGAACUGUAUCCAAGAUCAAGAAAAUAGAACUGUCAGACGUUGCCAAUUAUUACUGAACCAUUAAAUGCUCAUAUACUAAGAAUAAAUAAAAUACACCCAUGUGGAAUAACUGGAUUAUGGAUACCAAGAGAAUGAAAGCCAAAUGACUUCAUGUGUGCUGUACUCUUCCAAACGGAAUUUAAAAAGUCAUAGCUGCCUUUACCUUUUGUCAUCUUAGCAUUAUAAAUAUGCAUGAUGGUAUAAUCCAUUAAUAGUUGGAUGUAUUAAUGUAUUCUAUUAAAGAGGGAUUUUUUUUUUUUUUAAACUCUUGAGUAAGUCUCCUGGAAAAAAUAUUCUUCUGGGUAUGACAUAGUCAUGUGAACAAGCUUUUGUUUGUGUACUUAUUUUAAAUAAUCAGAGUAAACUCAUUAAAAUGUUGUGGAAAGUACUAUUCCCAGGGAUUUUAAUGCACAAACCGUAUUGUGACAAGAAAUGAGCCUCUGUACUGUAAAUAAGAGAAAUGAAGUGAGAGAGAAAUGUUAAAUAUUUUAUGAGUUGAGAGUGUAGUAAAUAAAAGGUGAUAUAAGUGAA